UUUUUAAUCAGUCACAAAAAAAAUGGAGAGUUUCAGCUGCAAUACUCUAGGAUUCAAUUUAAAUCAAUUUCAACUUUGUUGAUUUGAACGUUUUUUAAGGAAUAUUCUUAUUAUAAUUGCUAAAUCAAGUCGUUGAGAAUAAUGCAGUAGUGUAACCGGCGUUCCUUUUAGUUUUAACAAUUUAUAAUUUCACAGGGAAAUUAGUGCAAUGAUAACAGUGUUUGUUUCGGGUCACAACGUGUGAACUUCUAGGAAAUUUAACAAAUUUUAGUGUACAAUGAGCUAAAAUUGAUCAAGUCGCUCGGAGGAACGUUAACCAGCUGUAGGCGCCAUGCAAAAGAGAGACCGAGAAAAGGAGCAGAACGGCAAAGAUGAUAAGCGUGGCGGAAAGUCAGCUGGAACAAGAGCAAUGCAUUCGGCUGUAGGUGGAAGACAUGGUUUGUCAUCUUCAGCCAAUUCCAGUGUACUCAUGGUUGGUCCAAACUUCCGUGUUGGCAAGAAAAUUGGCUGUGGUAAUUUUGGCGAACUGAGACUUGGAAAGAACUUGUACACUAAUGAACAUGUUGCUAUUAAAAUGGAGCCAAUGAAAUCUAAGGCACCUCAGCUACAUUUGGAAUAUCGUUUUUAUAAACUACUUGGAUCUCAUGCGCCUGCCUUCUUCUCAGAUGGCAUACCUGAAGUAUUCUUCUUUGGCCCAUGUGGCAAAUAUAACGCUCUCGUCAUGGAACUACUGGGCCCCAGUCUAGAGGACUUAUUUGACAUGUGUGGACGUGAGUUUUCACUUAAAACAGUCCUCAUGAUAGCAACACAAUUGUUACAUAGGAUAGAAUAUGUUCAUGGUCGUCAUCUAAUAUAUAGAGAUGUAAAACCAGAAAACUUUCUCAUUGGUCGCACUUCAACGAAAAAAGAUAAAACUAUUCAUAUUAUAGAUUUUGGUUUAGCAAAAGAAUAUAUAGAUUUAGAAACAAACAAACAUAUACCAUACCGGGAACACAAGAGCUUGACUGGUACCGCAAGAUAUAUGAGCAUAAAUACACAUUUAGGAAAAGAACAAAGUCGGCGUGAUGAUUUAGAAGCGCUCGGACAUAUGUUUAUGUAUUUUUUACGAGGAUCACUACCAUGGCAAGGCUUAAAGGCUGAUACUCUUAAGGAGAGAUACCAGAAAAUCGGUGAUACAAAACGAGCAACUCCGAUUGAAGUUCUUUGUGAUGGAUAUCCUGAGGAAAUGGCGCAGUAUUUACGUUAUGUCAGGCGAUUAGACUUCUUUGAGACACCCGAUUAUGAAUAUUUGCGUACAUUGUUCAAAAAUUUGUUUGAAAAGAAAGGUUACGUGAACGAUUCAGAAUUUGAUUGGACGGGAAAAACAAUGAAAAAAGGUUUGUUUAACAUACUUCGUAUUAUACACAAUGUAACUGAUGAAAGUCCUUGGACGUCUGAAAGUGAUUUGUGUACUUUGGUUGGCUCUAUACAGUCCAGUCAAGAAGUAAUUUUGUCUCCAAACAGAGAACGUCAAAUUGCAGGCAAUAAGUCUGGAACAAAAGGUUGGCAAGACGGUUCAAAGUUACCAGGACACACUCUUGGAAAUUUGACGCCGGCCGAUCGACACGGAAGUGUUCAGGUGGUUAGUUCAACAAAUGGUGAAUUGGCCAACGACGAUCCGACCGCUGGUCAUUCUAAUACUCCUAUUACAGCGCAAGCUGAAACAGAAAUCGUUGACGACACUAAAUGUUGCUGUUUUUUUAAACGUAAAAAGAAAAAAACUCCUCGCCCCAAGUGACUAACUAUCGUAAAAUGUAGCUCUGAGCGCGAAGCCGUUACUUUGUUACGCGCCACUUCACACUCCAACUCGCGUGAUAGUGCUUUAAACGCUCCGAUUCCGACCAUUACGUGAAAUUACAAAUCACCUAACUUUUUUUUUAUAAGAGGUAUUGAAUAUUUAGUUAAAACAUUUUCUUUACUUUUUUUUUGUAAUUAAAAUUAUAGGCUACAAUAUACUUAUAUAUAAAUAUAUAUAUGUCUUAAAUUAAUAGAAACAAAAUAAUAACAAAUAAUAGACUUAUAAUUUCGGUCAAUUCUGCAUUCCGUCAACGUUAAAAAUUAUCGAUGGUUCAUUAGUUGUUGACCCUAGUCUUGACUCUAGACAGUAAGACAAAAUAUAAUUUAUACUUUUUGCAUUUUUAGUAAAAAAAUAAAAAAAAUAAAAAAAUGGUGAAUGUUAAAAAUAAAAAAUAGUCUUCAUGUUCUCUUGUUAAAAAAAUUUUUUAAAUUGUAAUUGUAUUUUAUCAUUUUACUUAAAAAAAAAAAAAAACAAAACAAAUUCAAA